AAUCGUCUCUCCUCAUCGUCCCUCUCAUCGGAUGCGCGUCUCUCCCCACCACUGCCGCGUGCUCUUGAAGCUGCUACUCUGGAUAGCUUGCGCAGGCAGCAUCAGCGUCUACCAAGCCCGCACAGUCUCAGCCCACGGCCUCAAAGAUUGCGCGGACAUUCUUGCAGCAGGAACAACUCUCCCAUCGCCUCUUGCCACGGCAACCGAUUACGACGAAGCAAGCAGAGCAAAAGGGACGCCCUCGCGAGGGUACAAGCGCGAAGACGGUGUCUGCUGGAGCCGGGCCGAGAUGGCAUGCUACGCAGCGAUAGGCAGCGCUGGGUAUCCCACAAGAGACGCCGCAGAAGAGCGCGCGCAGCCGCAUGUGUCUGGUGCCCUUGAAACGAAACUGCGGCAAUACCACCGGUACCGGCGGGAGUGCCUGCGAGUGGAGCCAAUGGAACAGCUGCGAGCCACACUGCUAGCCGGCAAUGCCACUGCCUGCCGCUACUUGCUCUACCAUCAAACUAUAGACGGGCAGGGCAACCGGCUGAUGUCUCUCGUCUCCUCGUUUGCGUACGCGCUGCUGACGGGUCGGAUUCUCCUGCUGGUGUCCCGCAGUGGUCCCGCUACAGAGUUCUGUGAGCCAUUCGAGCAUGAGGCAUCGUGGGUCCUGUUCGAUGGGUCGGAGGAAGAAGGGGAGAGGAAUGCGAGGCUGCUACACAACCAUGUGGCCCAGGAGUGGAGGAGCGUGAGGGAGGGAGAGGAGGCACGGGCGUCGGGUGACAAGCUGCUGCCACCAAUGCUACGCCUGGACAUUAACCAAGCAACCUCCCCGUCUGGCUUCUUGUUCUUCUGCGAGGCAGAGCAGCAGUGGCUCUCCCACACGGCCACGUUACUCCUCACCUCCAACCAAUACUUCCUCCCCACGCUCUACCUCCUCCCCUCCUUCCGCCGCCUCCUCCGCCUCCUCUUCCCGGCGCACAUGCCCUUCCGCUCGCUCUCCCGCCUGCUGCUCUUCCCCCGCAACCGCAUCUGGGCGGGCAUCACCCACCGCUACCACACCCUCCUUGCCCCGGCGCCCGCUCGUGUCGGCCUGCAGGGGCGCUUUUCAACGCAUGCAAGGGAGAGCACAGUAGCUUGGUACACUACCGCUAUGGGGCGUUGCAUGCUGCAAGCUCUCAACUCCUCCACCGUGCAGAGAGCAAGGGGUAUGCGGCUUGCCAGGGAGGCGGCUUUGCAGCCAAAUCAGGGUCCUUUUGAUAUGCGGCGGGGACGGGAUAUGCGAGAGGGGGAGGGAGGGGGAGAGGGAGUAGGCUCAGCAGGGUGGGGCACGAGUGGGAGUACUGGGCACGGGGUGGGAGGUGUGGGUGAGAAUGGUGCACUCCGGGGUGUGCAUAACCUCUCAGAGGCAGUGACGGCUGAUGUGCCUGUAGCGAGAGUGACAGUGGGAAGUGACACUGCUUGUGCUCCUACACAGGAAGAGCCACCACCCAAUAGUACUGCCUCCACUGCUGAUCCUGCCGCGCCUGCUGCUACUCAGCAGCAGCAGCAGCAGCAGCAGCAGCAGCAGCAGCAGCAGCAGCAGCAGCAGCAGCAGCAGCAGCAGCAGCAGCAGCAGCAGCAGCAGCAGCAGCAGCAGCAGCAACAGGAGCGGCAGCGGCGUUGGCAGCAGCAUUAG